CCUUCAACCACGACGACCUCUCUGGCAUUUAUAGCCGCGAUAUAUUCCACGGCCUUCAUUUCAGGAACGAUGGUCGAUCCGGCAAUUGAUAUCGAUGUCGACCUCGACGUCCAAGAAAUCCUUCUUGCGGCCUCGCAGCAUGACAUCCCCCAACUCCGACGACUGAUCCGUGGCAAUGAAACAUCUGGAAAUCCCGCCAAUGUCAAAGAUCCUGAAACGGGGUAUUCCCCGCUCCAUGCCGCCAUCGCUGCUUGCGAGCCCGAUGAAGAAGAAGAAGAAGAAGAAGAAGAAGAGCAUGAACCCCCCGUGAAUGGCGGGGCGCCGAAUGGUGUCGAGCCCGAGAACAAACAGGCUACAGAGCAUGAGAGCAUGAUCCGGUCGGGGGUGCAAACAGUGAAAUUCCUCCUCCAGGAGGGAGCUAUUUGGAACGACCUCGAUCUGAACAACGAAACACCCGGAUGCAUUGCUCGGCGACUUGGCUUUACCGAAUUGUACGAAAUGAUCGUGGACGCGGGUGUGAGGGCGGAGCUGUUGCUGAACAGGCUAGACGGCUACGAGCAGCUCUCGGAUGAUGAGGACGAGAUGGAAGAAGAUGAAGAGCAGCAGCGGGGGGGAUCCGGCGCCGCGCAGACAGCAGAGGCAGAGGCCGUCCCUGAAUUAGUCGAUGCCGCAGCUGCGUCGUCCACAGCCCCAGCAGCAGCAGCAGCAGCAGCAGCAGAGCCCCACGUCACCAACUCCCGCUAUCUCAAUUCCGACCUGACGUUCCAGAAUGAUCGUCUGCUUGACCAGGACCAGAACGGGGUCAUGAUGGCCUGGGAAUCCGAUAUCAUGGCGAGGUCUGCGAAGAAGUUGCUCCCGACUCCGGGGCUCCGGGUUUUGAAUGUUGGCCAUGGCAUGGGCAUUGUAGAUGGGUUUCUCCAGGAACAAUCCCCGGCGUCACAUCACAUUAUCGAGGCCCACCCCGAGGUUGUUGCAGAGAUGAAGCGGAAAGGCUGGCAUGAGAAACCCGGGGUCACCAUCCACGAAGGUAGAUGGCAAGAUAUUGUCCCUGGUCUGGUGGCACAGGGAGAGAUGUUCGAUGCCAUCUACUACGACACCUUUGCCGAGUCCUACGCGGAUUUCCGAGAGUUCUUCACCGAGCAGGUUAUCGGCUUGCUGGAUCAAGAAGGAAAGUGGAGUUUCUUCAACGGCAUGGGAGCCGAUCGACAGAUCAGCUACGAUGUGUACCAGAAGGUCGCGGAAAUGGAUCUAUUCGAGGCCGGCUUUGAUGUCGAGUGGGAGGAGAUCAACGUGCCCAAGCUGGAGGGCGAAUGGAACGGAGUGCGCCGGCCGUACUGGAUGAUCGAUGACUACAGACUGCCCCUGUGCAAGUACAUGGAUUAAAUGACUCUGUUAAUUGUAGAUAAAAAUGAAUUGGUAUGAAGGGUUCCAUAAACAAACUCCGAGAGAUGUGAAAUAUUUAUAUCGUACAUGUCGGGACAAGAACAGCAGCAAGUUAUAUAAAUAUAUAUAUAUCUCUCUCUC